GAGAUCUAUGUUCAUUUCUUUUAGCAUUCGGAUGCUAAAUAAUAAUAUCAUAACUGCACCGUCUAACAAUUAGUUAAUGCAAAUCUACGUUACAUAGCUAAACAAAUUUAUUAUCGAUAGAUAUUUAGUUACUUAAAAAUAUGGAAUUCAAUUAAGAAAUACAAACAUUCGAUCAUAAGAAAAAGCGCUUAAUUUGAAUGGUAGGAGUAUCACGUGGUUUUUCAUCGCAGAAAUCCUCACACAUGAUGGUGGUCAGAUUCAGUCAGAUUAGGCUAGUCAAUAUAGUGAUCAGUAUUGGUAAAAAAAUUUUGUAUUUGUAUCGGUGGUUUAGCAUUAUUUACUAACAAAAAUUACGUUUUUUGUUGUUGUAAAUACGCUAAAAAUUAAUAUUUCAAUGCAAUUGUAAAAUAAAUAGAAUUGUCAUUAAAUGGAAAUCGUAAAAGUCGAGAAUUUGUGUAAAGUAAAUUCAAUGGAAAACGAAAUUACAUGAAACUGCUCUGAUCUGUCAUGACAGGUGAUAUAUUUGUUAAUAAGGAAUAUGGAAUAAAUAAAAAUGUUCGUAAGAGACCCUUGUGGCAUUGUGUGCAUCAUAGUCACGUACAUUGCUGUAUUUUAUGCAGAUUACGUCGUUGUACGUUGGGUUAUUUUGCCUAGUUUACAAGACAGUUUGUGGGGUCCCUUUCAUGUAGUGGCUUUCAACACUGUUGUAUUAUUAUUGAUAAUGUCACAUUUGAAGGCAGUCUGCAGUGAUCCUGGUGUUGUACCACUACCACAAAGUCGUAUGGACUUUUCUGAUAUUCAUACAGAUAAUUCAGAGACAAAAAUUGAAUGUGAUGAAAGAGACAAUUGGACUGUGUGUACUAGGUGCGAAACUUAUAGACCUCCCAAAGCCCAUCAUUGUAGAAUUUGUAAACGAUGUAUUAGAAGAUGGGAUCAUCAUUGUCCCUGGAUAAACAACUGUGUGGGAGAAAGAAAUCAAAAAUACUUUAUCCAAUUUCUGGUCUAUGUUGGAAUAUUGGCCAUUUAUGCACUAGGCUUGGUGAUAACGUCAUGGGUUAUAGAAUGUUCUCAUUGUAGCAAUGAUAUGGCCGUCAAACAAACGCGCAUCUUGCACUGCGUUAUAUUGGUGUUGGAAUCAGCGUUGUUUGGCAUGUUUGUCAUCGCAGUACUGGUAGACCAAUUUCUAGGUAUUCUGGGAGAAGAAAACACAAUGGAACGUGUGCAAAAUAGUCAUCAUUAUAAGAGAAAUAGUUCACGUACUUUUGUGUUACUGUCUCAGGUUUGUGGUAAGGGUCAUCCAAUUUUGUGGAUGCUCCCAUGCCAAAAUCCACCAAAAUAUACUUUCAGAAAAGAUGCGUACCUGAUUGAUCAUGAAAUUUAAGCACACAUGUAAUUAAUUCUUGAGUAAUAACUGCUUUGUUGUGGCUUUCUAUGCCAUAAUUAUUUUCUUAUAGUUAUCAAGAAUCUUUCCAUUAUUUAAUGCAUAAAAAAUGAAAUUCAUAAUACAUUGAAAUAUAUAUAUAUAUAUAUAUAUAUAGGGUGACCUAUUUGAAUAUUUGAAUUUAAUUAUCUCCUAUAAAUUAUAGGUUGCUUCUAGCAAUGUUCUAAAUGAAACUUACUCUGUUUCGAGGAGAAUAUCUUAUGAUAGUCAGAAAUUCUCUCUAGGUGGAUGUGCUCCGAGAUUUUAAGGUGACCUUGACUUUUUUAAGUGAAAUAUUACGUUUUUUCUAGAUAAGCUUGUAGUCCAUUCUAAUGCGAAUUCAUUGACCUAUAAUACUUUGGUCUUUCAAGGUCGUCAAGGUCAUUUAAUGCCGCUCAAAAUUUACCUUCGUUAAAUGUCCCUAAAAUUGAUCUAGUCCGAAUAUUUCCUCGAGUUGUGCGUAAACAUCAUGCAAACUCACAAUAAUGAAUGUUUCGUUACCAAAUAGGUAAAGUUAGAAAGACCACAGUUUUAUAAGUCAAUGAAUUCGUCUUUGAAUGGAUUGCAAGCUUAUCUAGAAAAAAAAA